CUCCCCGUCCACUGCAGUCAAAAAAUCCAGAAUCGGCGAAGGAAGGCUUCCUUCCAUAGCCGCGAAUAUCAUGGUCCCACCUCCACCAUUGACGGCGUUCCUUGCAGCAGGCCAUCGGACCUUUCCUCCCAAAACCUUGUUACCGGUGGUUGUCCAGGGCAGCAGUCGAAGAAUCAGCAGCGGAUGGAGCGGCGGGACACGCCUCCCGCUGCGGGUAAGCAUGCAAGAUUUCUCGUCGUCAGCGUAUUGGAAUAAAGUGUAUUCUUCGGGAGAAGAUGAUAGCGGUCAACAGGCAGUGUCGGAGUGGCAUGUUGAGGGCGACGCGUUUGUGGAGGAGGUCGAACGAUUGCUCCCUGCUGGGGGUCCAUCUGCUACUAAGCAUACUGCAGCUGGUAGAGAGGAGGCUGCAGUCCUGAACGUCGGCUGCGGGACGAGCACAUUAUGGGAAAGCAUGUACGACCACGGCUGGAGAAAUAUCACCAACAUCGACUUCAGCAAACCCUGCAUCGAGCAAGGUCGCCUUUCGCCGUCUUCAGCCAGCCGCCCCGGAGUCAAGUGGCUGGUAAUGGACGCAUGCAGCCUGACCUUCGACGACGCUUCCUUCGAUACGGCCAUCGACAAGGGAACCCUGGACGCCAUCGCCUGCUCCGAAGCGUUUGAUUGGUUCCUUCCGCGAAUGGCGCGGAGUAUCGUUAGAGUUUUACGUCCCGGCGGGAUCUGGAUGUGCGUUUCUUUCACGCCGCCCGAGAUCGCGCUACCGUUGUUGGAGGAGUGCAAGGAUUGGGAAGUGGAGGUGGAGAAGUGGAGGUCGUUCUGGAUGUAUGUGGGCAGAAAAAGAGGUGUCUGAAGAGGGGGAUUGUAGCUGGUCUAUCUCUUCAGCAUGACAGAGCCUCCGUCAGUAGGACAUUUUACCUCUGUGCGACUACUGUUCAACGGUUGCUGUGUCAUCUUCAAAGGCUUCCAGGUACUCUGUACCCGAUGGUGAUGGGCAUAUUAGUAAUGAUGGGAGGGGCUCAGAAGAGAACAGUCGAGGUAGGCAGUAUUCGGAAGAGACGUUGCGAGAGCGUAUGGGCAGUAGGAUCGAAAGGGGCUGUUCUGUGACUCGACCGUCAGGUAUUGCGAUGGCCCAAAUACCGACACGAUAGAGAUAGCGCAGCUACGGAGCACGUAAUCUCCGCAUUUGAUAUAGAUUUACCGAUUUCACAGUAGAAGUUAGGUGUCAUUUUCCGACCAUCCGAACGUAUGUCUGAUUUGACUUUUCCCGUGAUUGACGUCUGGGCACAAUACGAUGCAACACACAGUUGCCUGUCAGAACGAUCGCUCCGAUAAACUUUAACCUCUCUUCUUAGUCUAUCCCCUGGCAAUUUGCUGCGGUAGUGUUCUUGUUGGUUUUGUUUUUGUUGUAUUUUCGAGGACCUUCAACAUUUAGACACACCAGUUUGGUCAGAAUAGAUGCACAUGUGGAGGGAGGUGAAAGUAUUUUAGUAAAUGUUUCGUGAAUUGUUGAUGAUUGCUCUUGCCUAGAAUGAUUGAACUAAAUGUGUACUUGAUUUUGGACGAGGCCUGCCUCCAGCUCUGGGGCCGGCGGUCCUAGAGAUGCUCUGCUGCGCCGAGGCAAUGGUGGGCCGAGGCUGCGGUGGGCGCGGCAAUGAUCUGCAAUAAUCCGAGGGUGAGUGGGGCGGUCUCGAAAGUACUUG